CAACCAAACAUUUUCUUCAACGAUUUUGCGAUUUUUACAAUCAUCAUUAUUUCAUUAUCAUCAAUGUUGAUUGAAAUUUCAGCACAUCAAUUUGAUCAUAAUGUUGACAAUGAUCAAUCGCUAAAUAGAUCUGUAUCGAUAAAUCAUAUGGAUACAAUGUAUAAGAUGCCAAUAUUGUUAGAUUUGCAUCUAAAAUUUCCAUCAUCAUUCGCUAUAUUGGUCAAUUAUGGUUUACAUGGUCAUAAAAAGAAAUUAUAUUCAUCAUGGAUUCAUAAUGAUCGAUGUAAAUCGAAUGAAAUUUGGGAUCCAUUCAACAAUCAAUGUCGACGUUUAUAUUGUCGUGAAAAACGAAAUAAAUUUCAAAAUGAUCAAUGUCAUUAUAAUAAAUAUGAUCAAAAACCUGUUAUUGAAUUUUUGGAUUCAUUAAGUAAAUUCAUCAAUAUUACGGUAGAUUUUAUUACAAAUAUAGAAAUUGAUGAAAAUAUAAUCAUCGAUUUGGGUAAUAAUAUCAUCAAAGAUUUUAGAGAUAAAUUUUCUAACCGAUGGCAUAUGAAUAAUGAUCAUUUAGUUAAUAUUUCGGUUGAAUAUGUUGAUCAACAAAUUUUAUCGAUUAAUUUUUUAAUUUUGGAUACAAGAAAAAAUAACCACUUUUUUAAUGAAUUAAGUCAAAGGAUUAUAUUUGAUCAAUCUGAACAAUAUGAAUUGAAUGGUAUAAUGAUGACGGCAAUAAAUAUUCAUUCGAUUGUAUCGGAAUUAAAAAAUUUUUGUCUAAAUCUAUCGGAUAUGCCAAUAUGGUAUUGGAAUUCGGAAUUUGAUUUUAUUACAAAAAAUGAUGAAACAUUUCUUUUUGUAAAUGGUACUGGUCGUAUUUAUCAAACAGGUGAAUAUACUGGUAGUAUAUUAUAUGUUGGUGAUGUUAGAAAUAAUAAUAAUUUAAAUCAAAAUGAAAACAAACAUGAUGAUUCUGUUCCAUUGUUUGCAAAAUUUUCAACAAAUACUGUUGUAUGUGAACAAACACUUAUCGAUUAUGAUUGUCCACGUAUACUAUUAAAACGUAAUGAAUAUGAAUUUAUUAAUGGUAAAGAUUUAUAUUCAAACAAUAUUCAUUAUGAACAUUAUGAACUAUCGGAUAAUUAUAGUAUUUAUGUUUGUAUAAAAAAUAUUACCAAAUCAUAUGAUGAAUAUGUACGUAAACUUGAUACAAUGGCCGAAUCAAUUUUAUCAACAUUAUUAAUGUUCAUAUCGAUCAUUAUGUUAACAUUAUUGUUGAUUACAUUUCUUCGAUUCAAACGAAUACGACAAUCAAUCAAUGGUUUUAAUUCAAUCAAUUUGGCCAUUUGUCUGGAAAUGAUGCAAAUAUUGUUUCUAUCGAAUCAAUUUAUGGAUAAUUGUCGUAUUGCAGCCGUAUUAUUUCAUUUUUUUAUUUUAUCAACAAUUUCAUGGUCAAGUGUAAUUGCAUACGAAAUGCAUCGAGUAUUUAUUACGAAAAAACUUGUUUCCCGUACAUUAUCGAAUCGUAGUCAGAAUAAAAUACGUUUACAAUAUGGUCUGGUUGGAUAUGUUUCCACAUUUAUCAUUAUCAUUAUAGCCAAUGUUGGUGAUGUAUUCAAUAUUGAACUAUUAAAAGCAAAUUAUGGACGAUUAGAACAUACUGAAGUAUGUUGGAUGCGUCGAUCACGUUCAACUAUUUAUUAUUUUAUUAUACCGGCAACAUUGGCCAUUAUUUAUAAUCUAUUAUUAUAUAUUCGAAUUGUUUGCAAUAUUCGUCAUGAUUUAACAAGUAUUUCAAGUUUACGACGAAUUACUCGUAUAUCAACAUCAUCAGAUACAUCAUCAUCAUCAUCAUCAUCAUCAUCAUUAUCAUCAUCAAAUCCAUCAAAUACGAUGACAAUAUCAGUGAUAAGCAGUGAUUUUUAUAAUUACGAAAAACAAAAACAACAACAACCAAAAUCAUCAUCAUCAUCGUUAUUACCAAAAAGUUCAACAAAUUCAAAAUUUUUAACAAAUCAAUCAUCGAUCUAUGUCAAGUUGGGAGUACCAUUAGGUUUUACCUGGAUUAUUGCAUUAAUAUUGACGAUUAUACCGCAAGGACAGAAUCUAAUACUCAAUCGUAUCAUAUCAUAUAUAUUCAUUAUUGCAAAUACAUCACAAGGAAUGAUAUUAUUUUUAUCACAUGGUGUAUAUAAAAAUUUAUUUAAACAAAAAAAUUGAAUCAAAAAUAAUAAUAAAAAA